AUGGCGACAGUCUCGAUACUGAACGUGAGCGUGCGCAACAACCCAGCGCCUUUCAACGCUCCAUACGAAUUCGAAAUCACCUUCGAAUGCCUCGAGCCAUUAGCCAAGGAUCUGGAAUGGAAGCUUACCUACGUCGGCUCUGCUACAUCCUCCGAACACGACCAAGAACUCGACUCACUCCUCGUCGGCCCCAUCCCCGUCGGCGUCAACAAAUUCGUCUUCGAAGCAGACCCACCAAACACCUCCCGCAUCCCAGCCACGGACAUCCUCGGUGUGACAGUCAUCCUGCUCAGCUGCUCCUACGAUGACCGCGAAUUCGUGCGCGUCGGCUACUAUGUCAACAACGAGUACAUGGAUCAGUCUAUGAAUGAGGAGCCGCCCGCCAAGCCAGACAUGGAGAAGAUCCGUCGCAACAUUCUCGCAGACAAGCCUAGGGUGACGCGAUUCCAGAUCAAGUGGGACUCGGAUGAGAGCGCCCCGAGCGAGUUCCCGCCAGAGCAGCCGGAUGUGGACAAUCAGGAGGAUGACGAAGCACAGUACGGUGCUGAAGAGGUCGAGGAGGAGGAAGCGGAGCUAGCUGCGGAGGGCGAGGGAGAAGAGCUUGCUACUGCUAAGCCGGCUGGUGAGGAUGCGGACAUGGAGGGUGUUGAGACGAAUGGCAAGGAUGAUGAUGUGGAGUCCAAUGCCGGCAGUGAGGAUCUUGAGGCAGAGAGUGAUGGUGAGGAUGAGGAGGAAGAGGAGGAGGCCGAAGAGGGAGAGGGAGACGAUAUGGAGAUGGAUGAGGCCCCAGCUGAGAAUGGUAAGCAUACACCUGCUCAGCACCAGCACCAACAGGCCCCCGAUGUCAUGGUGCACUAG